AUGGAGAACGACCCAGAAGCGCCAGGGGCUUCUCUGCCAGCUGAUCGUCCGUCAGUCCUAGUCGACAUCAGUAACUCGGCGCCUGAUUUACUGGAGACCCCUAAAGUAUCAAACGACGGCUACAACCAGAUAGCGGCGCAGGCUGAGGAUCGAGAGGACGCACUUCUCGCGGCGCCCACUGGAGAUAUAGUCGCUGCUGAGCAAAACGUCUCUGAUGGCAGUAUAGGUACUACAGCAGCCACCGCUGCCACCACUUCCACUACAGCUGCUGAUACCACUACUGCUAUUGCUACUUCUGCUGCACCUACUGAGACGGCGCCCACGUCUAGCGAAUCCACUUUCGAGGCAGCUCUCUCACUCCACUUUUCAGAAGAGCUUUCGAAAGCGACACAGCCAGCUGUCGAAAAUGAUAGCGAAGAAUCCAACAAGGAUGAUGCAACCGCCGAGGCUCAUGAAGAUGCUGAACUGGAAGCCACUCAUCCGUUCCUGAUUGAGGAGGCCGAUUCCGGAGCUGAGCCCGCGGAUCAGGAUGAGUCUGAUGAUGAUGCCUACAGCCCUGUAGUGGAUGCAAAGGAUGCCGAAGCCAAGGAAGAGUCUGAUGAUGCUUACAGCCCUGUAGUGGAUGACACACCGGCCCAAGGCGAAGACAAGGGCCCCUCGGAUACUGUGGUUCCUGGAGCUGCUUCUCAAACAAAGGAAUCGGUAGAUGAAAACUCUGAUUCCAGUUCUUCGGAUAGCUCUUCCUCGGACGAUGACGCCGAAGAAGGAGAAGUAAACGAGGACUCGGACGAGGAAUCAGCGGCAGCAAGCCCGGCAGCAGCUGGCGACGACGAUUUCGAGGAACCAGACACCGGCCCGCUGAAGACCAAGAACGAGAUUCUGGAUGUGCCCGUUAAGCCCAUUGAUGUCGAGAUUUCUCCGGACGAAAGAAUCGAAAAAUUAGGAGUAAUCCAAAGCAUAGUAGGAAAGCUUGUUAUUGUCGCCGGUCUGUCGACUGGCGAGUAUCAGGUUGUAGAUCAGGGUUCUGUGCUUGUCUUUGCCGAUCGUACUCCUUUUGGGAGGGUAUUUGAAACUCUUGGCCCGGUACAGAAGCCACUCUACUCUGUGAAGUUCUCCUCGGAUGCGGAGGCGGCGAAGUACUGGCCAGAUAUUCAAAAGGAAGUGUACUACGCGGUGCGAUACAGUACGAUCGCAUAUACGAGUGAGAUCAAGGCAAUCAAAGGAAGCGAUGCGAGCAACUGGAACGACGAAGAAGUCGACGAGAACGAGCAAGAGUUUUCGGAUGAUGAAGCUGAGAUGGAACAUAGAAGGCGGCUGAAGCUAAAGGAGAACCAAAAGAAGAAGAAGGACGCGCCAAAGCCGGACAACAAUCAAUCACCGCGUCUUCGUCGACCUACCGCGGUGGCGGCUGCGGCAUCUGGGGUGUCGUUUGGAGACUUGGCUGGCGAAGAUGUUGCAUUUCUCAAUCAAGUCGCGGCCGAAGCUGAGGCCAAGAAACGGAAACCUGAAGAUGAGAAUGGGGAUGACGACGACUACGAGCCUGAAUACGAGCCUACGGAUCCUAGCAUUACUACGGGCGCCGGAUCGUCCACAAAGGACGCCGGUAAACGCCAAAAUACAGAUCCUGCUGGAAACAAUUCAAAAGCCGCCAUCGUGGACGAAGAGCCAUAUCAUACCCUGACGCGGCCUACCGGCCUUCUUCUGCGCAAGGAUCAACCCCCGCCUCCUCGCCGCUCUUCUCCAACCAACUCGCGCUCGAAUGGCGGACGACCAGGGUUUUCUGAGGCGGGAAGUCCAGAGUUUGGUGGAAAUCUGACGCACACACAGAAGCGAAGGCUGCGAAGGAAAAGAAAGAAAGUCCAUGAGGGUGAUGGUGAGAAUGGGAGUGAGGGGCAGAGCGGGAGUGGCGCUGGUGCGCGCCAGGGAGAUUUUGCGAGAGGAGCACCACGAACAGCGGAGCCUGCUGACUACCGGUCAAACCCUUACCAAAGGCCGGCGGCGCAAAGAGGUGACUGGCGGUCACAGUCUUCAUCGUCCCGACCGUAUCAGCAACCUCCUCCAGCAACUCAGCAGUCUCAGUACAAUCCUUCAUAUCCAGGUACUGCACCCGCGCCGUUCUACGGCCAGCAGCAACAGCCCGAUAUUCAAAAUUUUGCGCACCAGCUACCUCCCGGAGCUCAUAUCAAUCCUGCUUUUGUUGCACAGUUGGCCAUGCAGCAACAGCAGCAGCCUGAGCAACUCCCGCCUCAGCCGUUCGUACAGGCUCCAGCGCCCGUUCACCCGGCGCCGUCACCUUUCGCGCCGUACCAAAGCCAGCCUGCACCUCUGGUGCAACCGCAGCCACAGCAGCAGACACAAGCGUAUUUGAAUAUGCUCCAGGCGCAACUUCGACAGCAAUUACUCACGCGAGUGUCGGCUCCGCCAUUGAUGCAGCAAGAUCCUAUUCCCGCUCCUAUCCAGGCUCCCAUCCAGGCUCCCAUCCAACCCCCGCCACAGCCUGUAAUGCCAGCGCCGGCUCCUAACUAUCAGAAUCAGACGCAGGCGCAACUACAGCAACAGCUACAAGCUCUCUUGCAUCAGAUGCAGGUCAACGCGGCGCAGUCUUCGCAGCAAGCCGGACCAGCUCCUGCUGCUGCACCGCCUGCGAAUAAUGCACCAGGAGACGCGUAUUCUCAAGUCCAGUACCAGUUAAACCUGCUGGGCGUCUUGGGUGCUGGCACUUCCCAGCAACAGCCACAACAGCCUCCUGGGCCGAAUAAUGGUGGCAGAGGCGCACCACCUCCUGGAAGAUACUGA